GCAUGUCAAUUUCCACCAAAGAACUCGCGGUGAUUUCGCAUCUCUGAGCGCGCAGAGAGAUGCUGGGUUCGGAGGUUGUGCCUGAAUGAAGAUUUGCCUUACUAAAUGUGUGCAUUUUGAAUUGUUUUGAGAAUAAAUACUUUUGCUGUUCUACUUUGAAUAAGGUUCAAGACAAAAAAAAAAUUAAACACCCCACAUCUUCUUCACGCCUCUCUCUGUGGAAUCUACCUUUUGACCAUCUCUGAUCCCUUCUGACCACCAACCCCUAGCCGUUAGACCCCUCACCACCCGCCGCCACCAUGCCUAAAAACAGCAAGGUGACCCUGGGUCUACCUCACAGUGAUCCCGUCACUGAGUCAGUGGCGGACCUCCUGACCCUGGCCGAGCCCCUCGACUAUAAGAGCAGCCGGAUGAGUAUGGGCCUCAGCCCCGGGGCCCAGCCAGCCAUGGGCAAGGGCCUGCUGCCUUCCCCAGGGGACGAGGAGGGGAGGCCAGCCUGGAACAGCAAGCUGCAGUACAUCCUGGCCCAGGUUGGGUUCUCUGUGGGGCUGGGCAACGUCUGGAGGUUCCCCUACCUGUGUCAGAAGAACGGAGGAGGUGCAUACCUGGUCCCGUACUUCAUCCUCCUCAUCCUCAUCGGGAUCCCUCUGUUCUUCCUGGAACUGGCGGUGGGACAGAGGAUUAGGAGAGGCAGCAUCGGGGUGUGGAACUAUGUUUACCCUCAGCUAGGAGGCAUCGGGGUUUCCAGUCUAAUGGUGUGUGGCUUCGUGGGCCUGUACUACAACGUGAUCAUCGGCUGGAGUAUCUUCUACUUCUUCCAGUCAUUCCAGUACCCACUGCCCUGGGCAGAGUGCCCCAUCAGGGUGGUCAACGGGAGCCAAGCCAUCAUCGAGCCGGAGUGUGAAAAGUCUUCUGCCACCACCUACUUCUGGUACCGGCAGACCUUGAACAUCACCAGCACCAUCGAGGACAGCGGAGGCCUGAACUGGAGGAUGACCCUGUCCCUGUUCGCCGCCUGGCUCAUCGUCUGUCUGGCAGUGAUCAAGGGCAUCCAGUCAUCCGGGAAGGUGAUGUACUUCAGCUCUCUCUUCCCCUACGUGGUGUUGAUCUGUUUCCUCGUCAGAGGCCUGAUGCUCAAAGGAUCUGUUGACGGCAUCGCUCACAUGUUCACCCCAAAGUUGGAGAAGAUGCUGGAGCCCCAGGUAUGGAGGGAGGCAGCCACCCAGGUGUUCUUCGCCCUGGGGUUAGGGUUCGGAGGGGUCAUAGCCUUCUCCAGCUACAACAAGCGGGACAACAACUGCCACUUUGACGCAGCGCUGGUCUCCAUCAUCAACUUCAUCACCUCCAUCCGUACGCUGGUGGUGUUCGCCGUGCUGGGGUUCAAGGCCAACAUCAUGAACGAGAAAUGUGUUGUGGAGAAUGCUGAGAAGAUCCUAGGUUACCUGAACACAGGUGUGUUGAGCCAUGAUCUGAUCCCUCCCCAUGUCAACUUCUCUCACCUGUCAGCUGUUGACUAUCAGGAGAUGUAUGGAGUGAUCAAGACUGUGAAGGAGGACAGCUUCGAUCAGCUGGGACUGGACCCCUGUGUCCUGGAGGACGAACUCAACAAGGCAGUGCAGGGAACAGGCCUGGCCUUCAUUGCCUUCACUGAGGCCAUGACCCACUUCCCUGCCUCUCCGUUCUGGUCCGUCAUGUUCUUCUUCAUGCUGAUUAACCUGGGGCUGGGGUCCAUGAUCGGCACCAUGACAGGGAUCACCACACCUGUGCUGGACGCCUUCCCCAAGAUACGCAAGGAGUUCCUCUGUGUUGGUUGUUGCAUUGUGGCGUUCUUCUGCGGCCUGCUGUUUGUCCAGCGCUCCGGGAACUACUUUGUAACCAUGUUUGAUGACUACUCCGCCGGCCUGCCGCUCACUGUGGUGGUCAUACUGGAGAAUAUAUCUGUGGCCUGGAUCUAUGGCACCAAGAGGUUCAUGCAGGACCUAGAGGACAUGUUGGGUUUCAGACCCUACUCUUUCUAUUUCUAUAUGUGGAAGUACGUGUCUCCUGCCUGUCUCACCGUGCUCAUCGUGGCCACUGUGAUAGAGAUGGCCGUCAGUCCUGCUGGGUACAACGCCUGGGUGGAGGAACUGGCAUCGGAGAAAUUCCUCUCCUACCCUCCGUGGGCUCUGGGCGUGGCCUACUCCCUCAUCAUCGCCGCCAUGCUUCCUCUCCGCGUCUUCAUCGCCCGCCACUUCAACCUGCUCUCUGACGGCUCCAACAAGCUGUCCGUCUCCUACCGUAAAGGCAUGACCAAGGACCUCUCUGGCCUAGAGGAGGAGAACGAGUCCCGCUUCAUCCUCAGUAAAGGCACCCCCAGCCCCAGCCCCAACCCUUCGCCCAUGCCCUCUCACCGCCCCUACCUGGGGCCCGGCGGAGCCCAGGAGAUGACCAACACGGCUGGAUAUGGUACCGGGACACCGACCAAGACGGGUUAUCAGAAUAUUAAUUCGCCAGAGUCCGAACUAUGAUCGAUCUGAUGAAUGAAGCACAAGAAACCCUAUCUAAUCAAACACAACACAACACAACCCCUCCAGAGAGAGAGAGAGAGAGAAAGAGCACUCUCUCUACUGUUCACCUAGAUGUAAAGCACAGCCCCCCCCCUCUACUGUUCACCUAGAUGUAAAGCACAACCCUCCGCACUCCCCAUACCAUAGAGCAUCUCUGAGCCUUAACACACUUUCAUUCUAAUCUAAAACAACCUCCCCACAUCGCCCCCUAAUCCAAACAAAACCGUGGCCCUAACAAGCCCAGCAGAGCCACUACCAAUGAUGAUGUCAGUCCUCGUCCUACAUCACUCAGAGGCACAGAGGAAGAAGGAGGCCCCCAUUUUAAUUCAGUCUUAGAAGGCAGGCAGGGGGUGAUUCAUCUGAGCACAGAUAAACCAAGCAGCUAGCAUUUUGAUCAUCAGGCAGCGUGUGUGUGUAUGUUUGUCGUAGUGCAUACGUGAAUG